AUGUCGCAAACCUGUCAAAGUUUGAAUGGGCACUUUUUGCUUGAUUUUUAUCCACAUGAAUAUUUAAAUAGCAAGUUGCGUGUCACUGCUGCUACUUUGUGGAUACAGCUUCGAUAUUCACCUACUUUGCCAGUUGAAGCUCGAGCUCAGUUGAGAAACAAGCAUGUCACCUUAUAUGCUUUUCGAGUGGGAAAUAGUACAGAACAACUAUCCCAUGUAACAUCCUAUCAUCAAGGCACCGCACAUGCUGGAUGGCGUAGGCUUGAUGUCGGAGAGGUUGUUCAACAAUGGCUUUCAGGAAAUGAAAGUCGUGAAAAAUUAACAUUACUCGUAGACUGCACGGGUUGCAAUUCCAAGUUAGAAAUGGUGCUUUUUAAUGAGGAAGAAUCCUCUAAUUUUUCAAAUUAUGCGACAGCUACUGCAACUACUAGAAGAAUAAGACAUGGGGGACAUGAUCAACAACUCAUAAGUUUAAGACCGUUUUUAGCUGUAGCGACAGAGGCUACUGAACAGAAACGUUCUAGAAGACAUUCAAGGACUUGUGGUGAAACUCCGAGUAACUGUUGCAAGAAAAACUUAUACGUCAGCUUUAAAGAUUUGGGGUGGGGUGAUUGGAUUAUUGCUCCUAAGGGAUAUUACGCAAAUUUUUGCAUGGGAAAUUGUAUUGGCAGAAGGACUUAUUCCUCGCAUCAUAAUUUUCAUUCUCACAUAAUAGAGGAAUACCGUAAUCGCAAUCCUUAUGCUUCCAUACAGCCGUGUUGUGCUCCAACAAAAUUAUCAUCAAUGUCUUUAAUAUAUUUUGACGCAGAUAUGAACAUUAUAAAAACUGAUUUACCAAAAAUGAUAGUAGAUGAAUGUGGGUGUAUUUGAAAUAGAAAAAUUUGUAGUUUUUUCCUGAAGCGGGUCUUCGGAUUGUAUAAGCCAUUAAAGAAAUCACUGCCAUAGAUUACACGGAAUAUGAAAGAAUAGCUUUUAAAUAUUUUAUAAAAUGAUGCAUUCAAAAACGUAUAGCGACGAUUGAUUCGAAUAUUAAAAAGAAACUAAAUUUAACUUAAAUGUAAAAUACUGGUAGUUAUCGUUUUUCAUUUUAUUUUUAUCUAUACUAAUUAUAUAUCAUUUAGUAAUAGAAACAGAAUAAUUUACUUAAAAACAAACAAGUAAGUUUAUUAGGCAUGACAAGUUAAAAUAUAAUCUAUUUUAACCCAUGGAAACAGCAUUUCUGAUCUCUGUAGCAACACUGAAAUUUUCUCAUAUCAAAUCUGUAAAAAAUAUAUCAAGCAUCGUGAUCAAUGCUAUUGCUAAUUGAAGGACCCAUAUGCGUAUACAAUACCGAAACUUUUAAUUUCUUUCGCAUCUAAUUCAAGCUGUUUCAACAGCUUUCUCACAAAAAAAAGUCAGAGUUACAGUAUUAGAAGCUGUUUUUAUUACACGUAAAAAUUCGUUUAAAUAUGCAUUGCAGAUCAGUUUUAACUUAAUUCCUUAUUUUAAAUUUUUUUUUAUUUAUUAUGAAUAAUUGACAAUCUUCCUAACAAUGAAGUGCCAAAGUACUAAGAACGCUUUCCAAACAUCAAGUAUUAAACUUAUUCGUGAUCAGCAUUAAAAAUUUAGCACUGAAACAAAAAAAAAUAAACUUUUUAAGUUUUCCAUUUUCAGAAUUAAGACUUUAUUGUCGUUUCAAAAAGUUAAAAUCAAUGAUAUAUUCAAGAAAAUCAUGCAAAUAUCAACGAAAUUAUGAGUAGAGAUUAUUGAGUAUUAAUAACGAAAUAAUAAAUAGUAAAUUUAUCAUUUAUCUUAUAUACCAUCAAUAGGUGUAGCUUUGGCCUACGAAACAUAAAAAAAGAAUGUAUGUGCUACAUCUAGAAAGUGAUUACCACUUAUUUGUUGCACGGGCUGUCUCAUUGAACACAUUGAUCUUUUGCCCCAAGGAGCAUGUUCAUUCCUUUUCGUUUGUUGGGUCAAAGUUGCCUACGAAGACCAAAGUUACCCCCAUUUGAUGGCAGUUUUCGUUUAAAAAUGGAAAUAACGCAAAUAUUAAAAUACUUUAUAUUUUUCAAUUUAAAGAUAAUAUUUCUCAAUAAAAAUAUGCAAAAAAUUAUAAAUACUAUUGAAAUAAUUCUGCAUGUGAAUGAUUUUCGCUAAGAUAUUUUUAAAAUAAUGAUAGUUAACAAUGUCUCAAAGGAGUAAUACUUAGUUUCAGGCAUGGAGUGAAACUUCUUGGAAUAUGCUUUGUUUAGUUCGUUUUUAAUUUUUUUGUAAUUGUCUGCUUUUGCAAUGAUGAUUUCGCAAUUGUUCUGAAACCCGAAGGUUUAGUCAGCAUAACAAUAGAUAGCUAUUUACUUAAUUUUAUAAUCAUUAAAUGUUUUUAUAAAGCAAAUAUUGAAAAUUCUCAUUAAUCAGUUAAACAAGUUUAUUUAAUUGAAAUUAACAGCUUUACAAUUAUUUUAUACCAAAUUCAUAAAUAAACAAAUUAAUGGCGAAAUGCAAAAAUGUUCCUGUAAAAAUGUAGAAAUUGUGAUUUCUAAAAGUCAGAAUUUCGAAACAAUCUAAGGAGUAGUAAGUGAAGACUUUGGAAGAAUAACAUGUUAAGUAAAAUUUUUAAAGAACUCGUAAUUUUGAGUAUGAGAGCAUAUUAAUAUAGUCCGCUGUAUGCGCAAAUCAGUAGCUGUCCUCAUAAGAAAAGAAAAACAGUAUCUCUACAAAUAUUUAUUUCGAAAUAAUGCAGAUUUUGGUAAACAGACCUGAGCAUCCAUGAAAAUAUGAAUAUAUUCUCGAUUUCUUUAAUUGUGUUGUAAAACUAUGCAACAAGUAUGAGGAACCCAAUAAAGGAGAAAACUAAAAAUAAAAAAAAACUGGGGACACGGCUAUCUUACUUAAAACGGAGAAAUUUAUUUUCAGUCUUCAACUAAGUCUAUAAUUAAAGGGAAAAUAUACUUUAUAAACUGCGUUUUCUGGUAUAUUUACGCAUUUUAAAUCUAAUUUCUAAUGUAUAUUAGAAUUUAAAUCUGAAAUCUGAUCAAAUUCAAAAAAUUUUCAUUCUUUCACUUAACUCUUCAACAGGAAAGUAUGUAUUACGUUACUUCUACAUUCCUAUCAUUCUAAAGUGUUCCGUCCUUCACAGCGAGUCAUUUUUGUGAUAACAUUCACUUUUAUUGCUAUUUUCUGAGAUUCAUGCAUUACUGUGGUAUAUUUUAUUCAUUCAUGUUGAUUGGGAGCAAUUUCCCAAGCUUUAUAGCUUGAAGCUUCUGCAAAUGAAUUAAAUGUGAUAAAAACUGUUCGUUCAGAUGUAGGCGGUAGACUUGAGCUUAAGAAAAAAGCAUUUAUAUUCCCCUACUUCUGUGGUAUUUAAUGACUGUGAUGAAAUGUUUUCUGUCCACGCCAUGUGUGUCUAUUGGGUACAGAUUCAACGUUUGUGUUAUAAUUGUAAUAAAAAAGUUAAUAAAAUAAGUUCUGUAAAAAAA